AUGCGGAGCGCAGCCAGCGGCAGGGCAGCCGCCUUCCUCGCACGCGUGGCACCGCUCCGGGCACCCCCAGCCAUGGCAGAGCCUUCGCUGCCCCUCUCCUUCCUCUGCCUCCUCGCCCUCUCCUCCGCCUGCUACAUCCAGAACUGCCCCCGGGGCGGCAAGCGCGCCUUGGCCGACACAGCCCUGCGGCAGUGCCUGCCCUGCGGCCCGGGGAACAGAGGCCACUGCUUCGGUCCCGGCAUCUGCUGCGGCGCGGAGCUGGGCUGCUACGUGGGCACGGCGGAGACGCGGCGCUGCGCCGAGGAGGACUACCUGCCCUCGCCCUGCCAGCCCGGUGGGCAGCCCUGCGGCUCCGGCGGCCACUGCGCUGCCAACGGCGUCUGCUGCAGCGCUGACACCUGCGCCGUGGACACCUCCUGCCUGGAGGAAGGCAGCGAGCGGGCGGAGGAGGCGGCGGAGAAGAACCUGACGGUGCUGGACGGCUCGGCCGGAGACCUGCUGCUGCGGCUGAUGCACCUGGCGGGCCGGCAGCAGGGCAAGCAGCCCGGGCUCUGAGCCGCGCCGCCGCGCGCGCCCGUCCCCGCCGUGUACAUACGAGCCCCAAUAAAUGUCCUCUUGCACUG